UGUUGUGAUAAACUUAUUAAAUAGAAAUUUUUGAUGAUGGCAAAAGGGACACUAAACAGCAGCAAUGAGGAAACUGUUGCUGAGCUAAGAGCAGAAAUUGAAACACUCAAAGAGAAAUUAUCCGAGGAAAAACAAAAACUGAACGAUGUUGAGCUAACAACAGCAGCUGCUAAACUGGAAGUGGUCACCAAUCUAAACAUGAAGGUGCGUCGUCUGCUGAAGGGUCAUCAGGGAAAAGUGCUGAGCAUGGACUGGAGCACAGACAGAAGGCACUGUGUGAGCACUUCACAGGACGGGAAAAUGCUAGUCUGGGACGCGUUCACUACCAAUAAGAAACAUGCCGUAACAAUGCCGACUACAUGGGUGAUGGCUUGUGCAUAUUCACCAUCUGGAUCUUUGGUAUCUUGUGGAGGUUUGGACAACAAGUGUCAUGUUUACAAGCUGAGCAUGGAAGAAGAUGUGAGCGCCACCAAGAGAACUGUGGCUGUGCAUACAGGAUACAUGUCCUGCUGUCAGUUCGACCACUCUGACAACCAGAUUCUGACUGGUAGUGGGGACAGUACUCUGGCACUGUGGGAUGUGGAGAGCUGUAAACAGAUGCAGGUGUUCAACAGCCACCAGGCAGAUGUGACUAGUGUGAACAUCUCGCCAGCAGAGACAGGCUACACUUUCGUGUCUGGAGGUGCGGACAAGAUGGCCAUAGUAUGGGACAUCAGAACUGGUCAGCCGGUGCAGACAUUUGAGGGGCCAGAGGCGGACAUCAACUGUGUUAAGUUCUACCCCAGUGGAGAUGCAUUCGCAGUGGCCUCCGAUGACGCCACCUGUCGCUUGUUUGACCUCAGGGCAGACCGGGAGGUGAACUGCUUCGCCAAGGACAGCAUCAUUUUCCCAGCCACAUGUCUCGACUUCUCUCUCAGUGGCCGUGUGCUGUUCGCGGGCUACAAUGACUACACGGUGAAUGUGUGGGAUACCCUAAAGGGAUCCCGCAUCGCCAUCCUGUUCGGUCACGACAAUCGCGUGUCCUGUCUGGGAGUGUCACCGGACGGGUGUGCCCUCAUGACAGGCUCCUGGGACCACACACUCAGGGUGUGGGCUUAGUCAUGUUUGCUAAUUAGCAGCCAUCAAACACUUCUUCAAGGAUUCAAAUGAAGUUAUUGGUCAGAACCAAUAUCAAUCUGAAGUCGCCAAAGCGAAUCCUCUUCUACACAUCGUAAUUUAUACGCAAUCACCAAUGCAGCUGCAAUAUUUCCAAAGACUCCCCAGUGAAAAACUCUCUUGAUAUAUCCUUGCGCAUUUGCAAAGCAGUUAAUUCACUUCAAAAUCAUGCAAUUAGAAUCUUAUUCCCGGGAAUCUUAUUCCCAUCUUUUGUAAUAAAAAGAAGCAAAUCUUUCCGGAAAUGUUCAUACAAGCUACUUAAAUCUGUAAAUUUUAAACAGAAUUGCAAUUUUAGUAAAUUAGAAAAAGUUCUCAAAUCUUCGAGGAGCUGUCAUGCUCUUUGUUGAUGAAAUUAUCCAAAAUUGAUUUAAAUUUAGAUAUGCAAAUUCUUAAUUAGUAGAAGUGCAGUAUUACAAUAUCGCAAUUGAUUUCCCAGUAAUUUUUAGCACUCUUCUUCCCUUAUUUAUGGAGUUUCUAUAUUCUUCGUUUUCCCUCAAUCUAUUUUUGUAUACCG